CAAUAAAAAAAUAUAUAUAUUUUGAGGGUAAAAAAAAUUAAAUCAAGAGAUAUAAAUCUGAUUUUUUUGAGAAAUAAUUGUCUACGGCAAUGGUUUCGAGGGAGCACGGAAAGGAAUCAAUCCAUGAUAAGCUUCAAAUUCUACGUUCCAUCACUCAUUCUCACGCAAUGAAUGAGAGCUCAAUCGUGCUAGACGCGUCGAACUACAUAAAGGACCUGAAGCAAAAAGUCGAUAAACUCAACGAAGAAAUUGCCACUGCAGAAAGUUCAGCCCGACACCAUAAUUCGCAACCCUCUAUGGAAAAUAUGAUGACUUACAAUGAAGCCACAAUAAAUAUUAGGGUGACUGUAGAAACCCUAGAAAAGGGCUACUUAGUGAAUAUUCAUUCGGGCCAAAAUUGUCCGGGAUUGCUAGCCUCAAUACUCGAAACAUUCGAAGAGUUAGGACUUAACGUUCUUGAAGCUAGGGUUUCGUGUGUCGAUAACUUCCAUCUACAAGCAAUCGGUGGCGAAAAUGAAGAAGAUGAUGCGAACAUGGAUGCACAAACUGUGAAACGAGCGAUUUCGAACACGAUCAAGAAUUGGAUCGAGAGUAUUGAGUAGAUAGCUAGGCAUUUUGAGCCUAAUUAUAAAUUUUAUUUUUUCAUUAUGGUGUUCAAUAAUCGGGCCGGGUUCGAAUAUGAAGCUUGGUUCGAUCAGUGAUUAGUUAAAUUAUAAUCAAUCAGGCAAAGUUAAUUGUUCAUGAUGAAUAAGUGAUCAAAGAUCGCUUAUGGUUUUUGUAGCAAAUCAAAUUUGCAGCAGUGUUAAUUAAUUAAGGGGAAAUUAUGUUUAUAUAUAAAAUCAGUGUUCCUAAUUGUCUUUGUGUAACAACUAGCUAGUAACAUACUGCAGUGAUGAAGGCAAUGCUUUGGUUAGGCUGCUUUUACUUUGGUUAUUUUAUGUUGGACACGGAGUGAAUUUAUGUUCCAUUUUAUUGAAAAAG